AUGGAUGUCACGCUCGAACAGGUGGUAAAAUAUUGCAGCCCACAACUGGACCAAUACCAGCGAUGCGUCGAGAAAAAUCCACAUGAUUGGCACACAAAUUCUCUGUGUUUGACAUUGAAGAAAGAAUUGACCAAGUGCGCGGAUGAAAACAUAAAAGAGCUUCGGGAAGUAAAACAAAAGUGUAAUUCCAGUAUUGUUGAAUACGAUCAAUGUUUGUCAAAGAAUGCCAAAGAACCGGAAAAAUGUAUAGAACAAUUGAAAGCACUGUAUUAUUGUACUGAAGCUGCGGCUGGUCGAAAAUUUGGAGUUAUUGAUGAGAAUAAAGAUAAGCAAUAA